UGUCAGCUCAUCGAAUUAUUUGAGUACUGCAAUGGAGAGGUUCGCUUCCUGAUUUGUACAGAUGUUGCUGCCCGUGGAAUCGAUAUUUCUGGUCUUCCAUUCGUCAUCAAUGUCACCCUUCCGGAUGAGAAGCAGAAUUACGUUCAUCGAAUCGGUCGUGUCGGUCGUGCUGAAAGGUUUAUUUAA